CGAACUAGAGAUCUGGAGCACCUCUACAAGAUUAACUAUCUCUUUCGCGCCCAUUAGAAAAGAUCCAGAAAAAUAAAUGAGUCAUUCAUAAGUACUGCAUGACAGCAAAGAGGAGAACAAUACAGUGCAUCCCACCACGUCAGUGAAUUCCCGUGAAUUUGAACAGUCGGUAAACGCACCGGAGACGAAAGGAACACACCCGUCAAAAUGGCUGAAUUAAUCGCAAUACCGCUGAAGAAACCGUCAGACGUUGAUGUUGUCAAGCCGUUGACAAAUGUCAUCAAAUCAACGUACAACUCCGAAACAAAUCAGAAGGAUUACGGUGAGGCCAUCAACGAGUUCAGUAAACUGAGGAACAAUGCUCUGUGGCGAGCUUUUGAAAAAUACGAGAGCUCUCUGGAGGUUAUUUACAGCUAUUAUGAUCAGCUCUGUUCACUGGAAGGAAAAAUUCCAAUUCACGAAUUACAAAUUCCAUUCAAAUGGAAAGAUGCCUUCGAUCGUACCAUAUUCGGGGGGAAGUUGAGCCUAACUAUUAGCACACUUUCGUACGAAAAAAUGUGUGUGCUAUUCAACAUUGCAGCUCUGCAGAGCUCUGUAGCUGCGAGCCAAUCAAUGGAGAGUGACGAGGGCCUGAAAUUGUCUGCCAAAUUGUUUCAACAAGCAGCAGGCAUCUUCAACUAUCUAAAGGGCAACGUGAUGUUGUCAAUCCACCAAGAGCCAACACCGGACAUGUCUCCAGACACGUUGAGUGCCCUCUCGUCAUUGAUGCUCGCCCAGGCCCAAGAGAUCUUCGUCCACAAAGCCAUUCACGACUCCAUGAAGGAAGGCGUAAUCGCCAAGCUAGCCUCGCAAGCUGAGGAGAUGUACGCCGAGACAGCAAAGCUCUUCCAAAAGGACAUGUUCCGUUCCUUCUGGGACAAGGACUGGGUGCCCCUGAUAACGGGCAAGCAGUCCGGCUACCGAGCAAUGGCUGAGCUGUACCAAUCAGCCGUCUGCAAGACGAAGAAGGCCAUCGGCGAGGAAAUAGCUAGGCUGGAGUACGCAGUGGAGCAGUUCAAAGUAGCUAGCCAACGUUCAAACAAGCCGAACCUCUUCGAAGAAUACUCAGGACGUGCCCAGCGUCGUCUCACCGAGGUCAAGAAGGACAACGACUUCAUCUACCACGAGAGAAUUCCAAAUGUGAAGAGCCUGGAGCCCAUUGGCAAAGCAAACGUAGCGAAGCUCCUCCCCUUGAGCCAGCCAAUGAGCUCUGGCUUCAAGGACAUCUUCGAGGAGCUGCUGCCGGUGGGCGUUCACCAGGCAAUUUCCUCCUACGAGAUACGUCGUAACGAACUGGUCAAUUGCGAGAUAUCAAAACUACGAGAGAUGACUCAAGUCCUGAACACAGUACUAGCCAGUCUGAAUCUUCCAGCAGCUAUUGAGGAUACCAGUGGCACAGAAAUACCUCAGUCCCUUCUGGAGAAGGCGAGCUACGUGAGGUCCGCUGGUGGCAUCACAGCCCUGGAAACUGCGAUGAACGAACUCCCAGAUCUUCUCCAACGAAAUAAAGACAUUCUAGACGAGACUGAGAAGAUGCUAAAGGAGGAACGAGACUCUGAUAAUCAGCUGAGGGAGCAGUUCAAGGAGCGCUGGACGAGAAUCCCCAGUGACAAGUUGACCCAACAGUUCACUGUCAACGCCCAGAAGUACCGAGCCAUCAUCGACAAUGCUGUGGCAGCCGACAGCACUGUUCGACAGAAGUUUGAGGGACACAGAGAGGGGAUGGAGAUGCUGAGUCUGGAUGAAAGCCAGUUGGCAUCUGGCAUUCCCUCCGGAUCUGCUCUGCAGGCUAGCGGUGCUGUCACCCAACUGCAGAGCCUCAUGGAGCAGGUGGAGACGUUGAAGGCUGAACGAGAUGUCAUAGAGAGUGAAUUGAAGUCAGCCACAGCUGACAUGAAAUCUGUUUUCCUAGCUGCUCUGGCUAAGGAUGGAGCCAUUGAUGAGCCCAAUCUGUCGGUGGAGAAUAUUGGGAUGACCUACGGAGCCUUCACCAAUCAGAUACGCGACAGCUCGGCCAGGCAGGAGAGCCUCGUGGCAGCUAUUCAGUCUGCACAUGCUGAAUUCACCAGGGAGCAGAGUGGAUGUGGAGGAAAUAGGGAGGCCACCCUCAGGAAGCUGGCAUCAGCGUACGACGCCUUCAAGGAACUGAAGAAUAAUCUUCACGAGGGCGCAAAGUUCUACAAUGAUCUUACCCAGCUGCUGGUCGUCUUUCAGAAUAAAAUAUCUGAUUUUUGCUUCGCCAGAAAGACUGAGAAGGACGAACUGAUGAAAGAUUUAACGACUAAUUUGAGCCACAGUGGACCUGCUGUGACACCCAGCAUUCCAGCUCAUCAUUCCGCUCCGGAUAGUGGGUAUGGGACUGUUGGCGCUCCACAACUCCCUUAUCCCACACAGUUCCAGGGAAGCAUGCCCAUGCCUUAUGCCGCCACCACGAGUGCACCUUAUCCCACUUAUGUGCCACCACCGAUGCCUAAUACGUAUAAUCCGUAUGCAACUAUGCCGUAUCCAAAUCAAGCUCCAUACGGGGCUCCAAGCUAUCCAUACCAGCCUCAGCAAGCCCAGCCGGGAUACAAUCCUGGCUACGCAACAUUUCCACGAUAUCCCGGUGAGCAGCCACGUCCCGGACAGAACCAGUGGUGAAUCUGGGACGCCUCAAAAAAUAAUUAUGUCGAUAAUGCUCUUGUUACAUAAAAUUCUAAUUCUCUGGAAGCUUGACGCUUGUUUAUAUUGUUGUCAAUAAACUAUUAAUUCAAUUCCUACUAUUAAAA